AUGCAGGUGGUUUUGAGAUCUAAACAUAGCUCUAAUGGUGCCGAUGGCGGUGGAAAUAGGAAAACAUGGAAAUCUGAGUCAUCUUUCCCACCUCCAUAUUUCUUAGUCAAUUCAUCCUUGACUCCCACAAGAAAAGCCAUCAGACUCUCUAAAUUCAUCUGCAACAAGGGUUACAAGAUGAUUGGAUCCUUUCUUACAAGAGGGCUUGUAAUGGUGUUUGGAUAUGCAUAUCCAGCCUAUGAAUGCUUCAAAGCAGUUGAGAGAAAUAAACCUGAUAUUGAACAACUUCGUUUUUGGUGCCAAUACUGGAUCUUAGUUGCUGUAUUGACUGUUUGUGAGAGGAUUGGUGACACGUUUGUUUCAUGGGUUCCAAUGUACAGUGAAGCAAAGUUAGCAUUUUACAUAUACUUGUGGUACCCAAAAACAAAGGGAACAAUAUAUGUGUAUGAUUCGUUCUUCAGGCCAUAUAUUUCAAAGCAUGAAACAGACAUUGAUCGAAAUUUAAUGGAAUUAAGAACAAGAGCUGGAGAUAUUGUUGUUUUGUAUUGGCAAAGAGCUGCGACUUAUGGUCAAACAAGAAUCUUUGAUGUUCUUCAAUACGUUGCUUCACAGUCAACACCAAAACCACAGCCGCCUCAACCCGCUAGACCUCGACAACCAACACAAAACCGCCGAGCACCACCACCACCACCACCACCACCAUCUCAACAAGAACCAAAAGAGCCGCCAUCACCUUCUUCCACCACCUCCUCAUCAUCAUCUGAUUCAUCUCCUCAACAUGACAACCCAACCACCAACCACCGCCCACAACCGCCGCCUGCCGCCGCCACCUCAAAAGCACAAAAAGCAAGCUCGUCACAAAGCGUAGCGGUGGUGGCACCACCUGAUGCCGCCGAUGACAUGGAGGUGGUGGAAACCCAGUCAAACCCUAAUCCUAAUCCUAGUGUGAAAGAGAUUGUGAUGGAAGAACCUACUAGGGUUUAUACACGUGCGAGGUCAAGGAAAAAUAAUAGUGUUGUUAAUGUUGAAUGAUUAGGGAGUAGAUUAUGGAAAUGUUGGAAUCAUGGGUGUAACAUGUUUGUGUAUCUUUCUUG